AUAGGAGGCGAGCUCUCCGCCCUGAACCGAAGUGCGGGCACCGGGGGAGAAGAGCCGGGACGUGCGGAGUGCCCGAGUGAUGCCCGCUGGCCCCACACCAUGCAAUAAACUACCCGGCCACCCUCCUCCUAGCUAUUACACAGCACGGCCAUAAACAUGCUGGGCAUGUACGUGCCAGACAGAUUUUCCCUGAAGUCUUCCCAGGUCCAGGACGGGAUGGGGCUGUACACCAGCAGGAGAGUGAAAAAGGGUGAGAAGUUUGGUCCGUUUGCUGGAGAAAAAAGAAUCCCCAAUGAGUUGGAUGAAACUAUGGACAACAGACUGAUGUGGGAGGUCCGAGGAAAUAAAGGAGAAGUUCUGUAUGUUUUAGAUGCCACAAAUCCACGCCAUUCCAAUUGGUUACGCUUUGUCCACGAAGCACCAUCACAGGAGCAGAAGAACUUGGCAGCUAUCCAGGAAGGGGAAAACAUAUUUUACCUAGCCAUUGAGGACAUAGACACAGACACGGAACUUCUCAUUGGAUACUUGGACAGUGAUAUGGAGGAGGCUGAGGAAGAAAACAAAGAAGUUGUCAGUGUAGUCUCCAAAGAAGAGGAAGAGAGUCUUAAAGAGGCCCCGCUACCUUCUGGGGAGAAAACCGAAACAGAACACUGUAAUCAUAAUGAUGACCAUGACUGCCCGCUUUGUGAAUCCAGCUUUCCCAGUCAUGAGAUUCUUGCCGAACAUCUUCAAGCUUUGCAUCAGAAACCAAGUGAAGAAAAGGAGUUUAAAUGCAGAAAUUGUGGGAAAAAAUUCCCUGUGAAACAGGCUCUUCAAAGACAUGUACUUCAAUGUUCAGAGAAUAUCAUCUCCGGAGACACUUCAGGGACUUAUCAGUGUUCCGUUUGCAAUACCUCCUUCGGCUCAGCGUUGAGUUUUGAACAGCACAAAGAGGCAUGCAAAGGUGAUGUGAGAUUUAUAUGUAAGGCCGAUAGCUGUGGGAAAAGGUUUAGAAGCAAAGAUACACUGAAAAAGCACAAGGAAAAUGUGCAUACAGGAAACUCUAAGAAGAAGCUUAUGUGCACCGUGUGUAACAAAAAGUGCUCCUCGUCAAUCAACCUCCAAGAGCAUCGAAAGGUUCAUGAGGUCUAUGAGUGUCAGGAUUGUGACAAGAAAUUUAUUUCAGCUAACCAACUUAGAAGGCAUAUGAUAACUCACUCAGAGAAGCGCCCCUACACCUGUGAGGUUUGCUGUAAGUCCUUCAAACGACUUGAUCAAGUGACCGCUCACAAAAUAAUACACAGCGAGGACAAACCUUACCAGUGCAAGCUCUGUGGAAAAGGAUUUGCCCACAGAAAUGUUUACAAGAAUCAUAAAAAGCUGUGUAAAGAUGAGGUUGCUGAACUGAUGUGGACUCAUUCUGAGGAGAGACCAUUUCAAUGUGAGGAAUGCAAAGCUUUGUUCCGCACUCCUUUCUCACUGCAAAGGCACCUGCUAAUACACAACAGUGAACGCACGUUUAAGUGUGACCACUGUGACGCUACAUUUAAAAGGAAAGACACGUUAAAUGUUCACAUACAAGUUGUGCAUGAUGGCCACAAGAAGUACAAAUGUGAUCUUUGUGACAAAGCCUUUGUGACUCCUUCAGUUCUAAAGAGCCAUAAAAAAACACACACGGGAGAAAAAGAAAAGAUUUGCCCUUACUGUGGUCAGAAGUUUGCAAGUAAUGGGACACUCAGAGUCCAUAUAAGAAGCCACACAGGUGAGCGCCCCUACCAGUGUCCUUACUGUGACAAAGCCUUCAGUAAGAAUGAUGGACUAAAGAUGCACAUUCGGACACAUACAAGGGAGAAGCCAUACCAGUGUUCAGAAUGUAAUAAGGCCUUCAGUCAGAAACGUGGACUAGAUGAACACAUGAGGACGCACACCGGGGAAAAACCGUUCCAGUGUGAUGUUUGUGACUUGUCGUUCAGUCUCAAAAAAAUGUUAAUUCGACAUAAAUUGACUCACAACCCUAAUCGUCCAAUGGCAGAGUGCCAACUUUGCCACAAGAAGUUUACAAGAAAUGACUACCUCAAGGUGCACAUGGAGAAUGUGCAUGGAGAGACAGACAGCUAAUUUUUUGACAGUUUACAGCAUUGUUUCAUCUCGCUUAUUUAUAAUAUACAUCAGUUAGAUGGACAUGACUUUUUAGGUACAAUAUUAAGGGAUACAUAUGAAAUUGAGUAAAAUAUUAUGGCACUUUAUAAUCUAUGUAGGUAAGAUUUUUUUCAGUGUUUCAUGGUUACAUGUAUUCAUCAAAAUAAGGACCAAUGUCAGAUUUUUGUUCUAUGUUUACACUUUGCAGUAUCUUAAAAUGGAAUUUGUCUGAUAAACAUUUUCAUGAUAAUGCUUUUUUAUCCAGAUUUUAUUUUUGAUUGCUUUUUGCACUUGUUCUAUUUUUUGUGUUUUAUUGGGAAUACUACAUUAUCAUGAACUAAAUACAAAUGACAUAGAUUGGACAUACAUCAGUACAUCAGUUCCAAUAUUCAAUUGGUUAUGGUAAAUUAUGGGUAUAAUGUUAAGUAUGUGGAUAACCUUGUCCUGUGUGUUUGCUGUCUCAAUGGCAUUAGUUUAGAACCAGUAAUUAUGUGUAAAAUGUCUAAUAUCAUUGCGUACAUAUGAAUAGAAAAUUUCUACACAAUUUGAAUUCUCAUAAUAUCAUGUUAGUUAUCUGCUGACAGGAAGAUUCACAGACUUCCUUUAUCUUAUAUUAGUAAAGUGCAACUUUGCACUGUAUUGUAAAUUGAAGUUCCAUAAAAUAAAAUGUCAGCAAUAUAAAGGUGGUUAUCCCCUUUAAGGAUCAAGGCAAGCAAGGACUGUUCACCUUUAUCUUUAAAGUACAUCUAAAGCCAAAACUUUUUGUUUCAUACUGUUACAUUUUAUGAAGUUGAAAACUACAUCAGUCUAUCCUGUUCAACCCACGUGUGUAAGAUUUUAUUCUCUAAAGAUUCCCAUAGCUCUGUUUAUUCUGCUUCCUGACAUCCAAUUUUUUUUAAGUUGUUGACACUCACAGCUAGUGCCCCUUCCUGGGGAGGGAGUUCCACAUUUUUACUGCUCUAACAGUAAAGAACCAUUGCUCCACUCUAAUGUUAAACCUAUUUUCUCCUAACCCCAAAUCGUGGCCAUGUGUCCCCUUCAGGGACCUUGGACUAAACAAUAUAUUACAGUUAUGGAGUCACCUUUGAUAUAUUUGUGCAUUGUAAUUAUUUUGCCUCUUAAGUGCCUCUUACCAGGGUGAAUAACUGUAAUGCCUUGUACAUACGACCGGUUUUCAUGAUGAGAAAACUGCCAUUUUUUAUAUUGGUUGUGAAAAC